AUGGGAACUAAAGCUUGGGAUUACACAAAACAAGUCAUACAAGGACGAUGGUUUUCGGUAUUCGCCGGUUUGAUAAUGAUGGUUGGCAAUGGCUCUACUUACAUCUAUGGAACAUAUUCAAAAGUAAUCAAGACUGAAUUCAAUUACAGUCAAACCCAACUUAGCAUAUUAGGAUUUGCAAAAGAUCUCGGUUCCAACGUUGGAAUUUUUGCCGGUCUUCUCGCCGAAGUCGCUCCGCCGUGGGUUCUCUUCUUAAUUGGUUCUGUUCAAAACUUCACUGGCUUCUUCUUGAUAUGGCUCUCUAUCACACACCGUAUCCCACAACCAAAAUUUUGGCAAAUGUUUCUUUGUGUUUGCUUAGGUACUCAUUCUUCUAAUUUUGCCAAUACAGCCAUUAUGGUCACUAGUGUUGUAAAUUUCCCUGACCGUCGUGGUAUCAUUUUAGGCUUACUCAAUGGGUAUGUUGGUAUUGGAGGUGCCAUUUUAACCCAAAUCUAUUUAGGUAUUUACGGCCCUAAAGAUCCAUCAAAUCUUGUUCUUCUUUUUGCUUGGCUUCCCUCUGCGGUAAUCCUCGUUCUUUCUUUCUCUAUUCGACCAAUCUGUAUUCAUAAACAUCCUGAAGAACUCAAAGUGUUUUACCACUUGCUUUAUGUCUCUGUUAUUCUAGCUAUGUUCAUUCUCUUUUUAACCAUUGCACAAAAAGAAGUAGCUUUCACUCGACGUGGAUAUACGAAUGGUGCGGCCGUCAUCGUUGUGUUACUAUUCCUACCUCUUGUGAUUGUAUGUAGAGAAGAACACGUAUUGUACAAACUCAACAAACAAAACGAGGAUUCUUCCUUUAAUAUCUCGAUUAAUGAUCAUCAAAAGCCUCAUAGCUCAAUCACCACAGAAAAAACAGAGAACUCGCGGUCGUAUUUCUCAAAAAUAUGGAACAAACCCGAAAGAGGAGAAGAUUUCAGCAUCUUGCAAGCUAUUUUCAGUAUAGAUAUGACUCUUAUCUUUUUAGCUACUUUUUCUGGAUCUGGUUCUGCUCUUACAGCCAUUGAUAAUUUAGGCCAAGUCGCUGAAUCACUUGCCUACCCGUCAGAAGCUAUAAGCAUCAUCGUUUCUUGGGUUUCCGUAUUCAAUUUCUUCGGUCGAAUCUUCUCCGGUUUCAUCUCCGAAAACUUCAUGAUCAAAUACAAAUUACCUCGUCCUCUAACGUUUGCUGUCGCCUUCUUCAUCACUGGCAUUGGCCAGCUUAUUGUUGCGUAUCCAUCAUCAGGUUCAGUCUUCAUUGCUUCAAUCGUAAUCGGGUUCGGAUUUGGAAUGCAAGUGCCAUUGCUAUUCACCAUAAUCUCAGAGCUAUUUGGGCUAAAACAUUACUCAACAUUGUUCAAUUGUGGGCAACUGGUAGUCCCAAUUGGGUCUUAUAUACUAAACGUGGAUGUAGUAGGGAGAAUAUAUGAUAAAGAAGCAUUAGUUGACGGUAUAAAGUUGACGGGCAGGGGAUUAAUUUGUACCGGAGCUCAUUGUUUUAAUGGAUCUUUCACAAUUUUGUCUGGAGCGACAUUGUUUGGUGCUAUAGUUAUGCUUGCAUUGGCUUAUAGGACAAGAGAAUUCUACAAAGGAGAUGUAUAUAAGAAAUAUAGAGACGACGUGUGGAUUACUCCAACUGAUAUGGAGUUCUAUCACUUAGAUAAGAAGAAAAUUCGUGAUUAA